UGGUUUUAAUAUUAAUAAAAGCGGAGUCUGUGCGGUGCCUUCGAGGUCCAGUUCCGGCGUUGGAAUCCGAGGGGAAUGCGAAGGAGCCGAGGAUGCCGGCCGUAGGGUUGGGAUCGGAGGGCUCGGCGGUGGCGGCGCAGAGGAAGGCGAAGCGAAGAUCGAGGUCGGGAGGAGGACGGAGCGACCACGGCAGCCCUGACUUUCCGAUCCACUGCUCCUCCGACCACCGAUUUUCCAGCGGCGAUGGUGGCGGCGAUUUCGCCAGCGGUAGUCUUUACUCUUCCGCCGCAGGGAGUUUCACUGAUGGCGGCGACCGCAAUGACUUGCCUUUGGCGGUACGUAGUCACGCCGGUGGUGGCCUUCCUGCGGAUCCAGAUCCUGAAACCAGGCUUUCCCCUUUCCCUGUUUACCUUCCAUUACUUGAUAAUCCAUCCAAAGCGACUGCUGAGGAUUUUGUACAAAGGGGACUAGAAGAUGACGAGGGAAGGAAAGAGGAGAAAGUAGAAGAAGUAUCGUCCUUGGACCCUUCAAAGCAUUGUUUUUCCCAUCCUCCCAAAGAAUGCCAGGGCCAACAAUGCAGAUCGGAGGAGGCUGUUUUGACCAGUAGGAAGCUGCAACGGAGGCGACCUGUUUCACUUGACUUCAACAGCCAAAUUGCUGAUGCCUCUUUCAUUUCCCCGAGGUUCUUUGUUGGUGUAGUAGCAACAGAGGUGAAGAAAAGUUGUGCCAACUCGUCUCAGAGGAGGUCCAGCAUGUUACCGAGCCCCAGGACUCCCAGCUACAGGCAUGGAGUCAGAGCAGCUGCAUACCAGAAGGGAUGGAGCUCUGAGAGAGUGCCUUUGCCAGCUCAUAGCUGCCGUAGGCGUGGUAACAGUGGGCUUAUCCUGCCUUUUGUCAAUGGGAGGACUCUGCCCUCCAAAUGGGAGGAUGCCGAGAGAUGGAUCUUUAGCCCAGUCCCAAUUGAAGGUGCUGGGAAGUCUCCAUUGCCCCUCUCGCAUCACAGGUGCCCCAAGUCGAAGAGUGAACCCCUUGGACCUCAGGCCAAGGUAGGGCUAGGCUACACCUACUCAGCUUCACCACUGGUGCCUUGCUGUGACAAUAGCAGGGUAGGAAAUAUUACAGCCAACUCACCAUUCCUGGCUGGAGUUCUGAUUCCAGAACGAGGUUUUUGUGUCAAUAGUGGUAGAGGAAGAGGAGGCAGUGCUAGUGUUUGCAGUGGAGGAAUAGGAGUAGUAGGUGUUGGUGGUCAUGCUAUGGGUGGUAAAACUCAUUCCACUGUUGGGGAUUCUUACAUAUUCAGAUCAGCAAGCAUCCAUGGGUGGUCAGACAAUCUCAUCGAGUCAUCUUCCUCUGUUCCCAGCUCUCGAGAUGAGAAGUCUGAUGGCAUGAAAGAAGCAGCAUCCACAAUCUCUGUCGCAACUUUAAGGAAGGAUGUGGCAACACAAAUGAGUCCAGAUGGAAGUACUUCUGUCUCUCAUGACGGGCCUUCUUCCCCCUCUCCAGCUUCAGCCCCCGCAAUUGUGGCACUAGAGGGCCACUUCACAAAGCUUGAGGUUAGGGAUGUGCAGGUAGAUGAUCGUGUUCUUGUAACUAGGUGGUCCAGGAAACACAUAGCACGAGGCUCUGAUAGGCAGUCGACAAGCAUCAUAGAAUGGAAGAAAACUAUAGAGGCAAACAAUACCUCUUGGGAAGUUACCGACACAGCAAAAUCCAUAUCAAAGUUCAAGAGAGAGGAGGCCAAGAUCUCAGCGUGGGAAAACUUGCAGAAGGCAAAAGCUGAGGCAGACAUAAAAAAACUAGAGAUGAAGCUAGAAAGGAAAAGAUCUUCCUCAAUGGAGAGAAUUCUGAAUAAGCUUCGAUCGGCACAGAAGAAAGCCCAGGAGAUGAGAAGUGCUAUGACUGCCAGUCAAGCCAACCAAGUAGCAAAGCCAAUGAAAAAGGUUUCACCCUUGUGCAAAAAUGGACAGAUCAGUUCUUUGAGUGGGUGUUUCACUUGCCAUGCCUUCUAGACAACAAAUUUCAACCGAGCCAAAGCUUCUUCAGGAACGAGACCGUAGCCGGUUUAUUUUAUGCUUUACGAUACAGGAUCUGAUCAUGGAUGACCGCAUCAUUUGAUGAUGCUGAGAUCGAACAUGGUGAUGUACAAAAAUAAAAUGAUCAGUGCAUGUCUUCUGCAACUUCAAAUAAUGCUCUUCCCUUUUGUAUGUAUAAACCCAGAACGCAGGAGCUUCUCAAUGAGUAUGCAAGGGUUUCUUCAAGGUA